CACACACGCACGUCUGUCUGUGUGUGUGCGUGCAAGCGGCUAACAAGAGACGAGGUGUGGCUGGGAUGGGGCGGUGUCCCGACGCUUUGUCUGCAGCACGGCCCACCAGGAGGGGGGUGGCUACACUCCGGCGUCUGCACCCGGAGCCACACCAGAUUGGCGUGGGAGCCAGAAGCCACCACAUGCAAACACACACGCACGCCUAAAUCGGGAAUUAAAAGCCUCAAGUUGAAGACGACGAAGAAGCCGAGUGGAUUGCGUUAGCGAGAGGAGAUCACAAAGUGGAAGCCAGCGUGCCGGCCGGUUCCGUUGCCGCUGCACAGCAACAAAGAAAGUUGUCAAGUUGGACUCGCUUUGCCUUGGGGGUAGGACGCAGGGAAGAAGAAGAAGAAAAAAAAGAAUGUGCUUUUCAAAGUAAAACUUGGAAUAUGGGACUUUUCCUCCAUGACUUGGACCACGGAGACAGCAAGUUGCGUUUCCACGCUCACCUCUGGAUCAUUUUCAUAACUCUGGCAGGCAAAGUCACGCCGACCACUUCCGAUGCCCUCCUGGGUUCCUCCCCGGCGACGGCCGACCCCUCGCCGCCCGCCAUCUACCUGCCGGCCAGCUUCAAGAUGUCCAAUGUGCAGCUGGCCUUUUUCUUGCGCGAGGCGGCUCGGACGUCAGGAACCGACGGCGGCGGCGGCGGCGGACACCCGCUGCAGCGCUCGGAGAGCUUUGUGGUUUUCCAGACGAAGGAGCUCCCGGCGGUCAACAUCAGCUUGGGACCGUUUGCCCGCGACCAGACGCUGUCCAAGGAGUUGCUCCAGCCGACCGGCCCGCUGGACAUCCCCGGCCAGCUGACGGUCAACUGGAAGGUGCGGGCUUUCAUCGUCCAGUCGCGGGUCUUCUCCAACAACCCCGCCGUGCAGGUGUUCUUCUACAUCGCCGGCCGCGAUUGGGACGACUUCAAAGCGCAGGACAAGCUGCCGUGCGUCCGCCUGCACGCUUUCCGCGACGUGCGGGAGAUCAAGACGUCCUGCCGCAUGAAAGGCAAUCUGGCGCAGUGUCUGGCGAGGCUGGAGCUGCCGCCGUCCUGGUUCAACGCCAACGUGGCCCCGCUGGGUCGCCGCAAGGGAUCCGGCGGGGACGGGCUCCUGGACGGCGUGACGGGCGAGAGCCUGCAGGCCGAGCUGUACUACACGCUGCACGAGGCCACAGCGGACGGCGAAUGCGGCGAGGCGGCGGGCCCCCGGGGCGGCCGGGGGGAGCCCCCGUCACAGCACCCCCUCCUCCGCAUCGGGAGCAUCAGCCUGUAUCAGGCUGGCCGGGAGCAGGCGCUGGUGGACAAGCAGCUGGACAAGAACAUGUUCCUCAGACUGCCCGAGAAGCCCCUCAAGCCCGGCGAGACGCUCCGAAUCUUCUUGUACCUGAUGCCCAACUCCACGGUGGAGCAGUUCAGCCUCAAGGUGAAAGCUAAGAAAGGGGUGAACCUGAACCAGACCAAGUCCAAGAACGCCCAAUGGAAGGUGGACUGGGAGGUUCUGUCCGGUGCCAAGCAUUCCAUCACCACCAUUAACGUGAACAAGAACAAAGGGGUCAAGCAAGGGGAGGUGGCGGACAACGCCGAGGUGAUGCAGCUCGACUUCGAGAUGGAGAACUUCACCAGCCUGUCGGUGACGCGACGUAUCAACUGGAACAUUGACUACAAGGAUCAGAGCCCCCCGUCCGAGUCUGAGAAGGUGGUCACCGAGCUCACCGUGGUUCAGCGGGACAUCCAGGCCAUACUGCCCCUGGCCAUGGACACGGAGAUCAUCAACACAGCCGUCCUGACCGGCCGCACCGUGGCCGUCCCCGUCAAGAUGGUGUCCAUCGAGAUGAACGGCGCCGUCACCGACGUCUCCGCCUUCGUGCAGUGCAAGUCGGCCAACGAAGACAUCGUCAAGGUCUCCAUGAAUUGCGACUACGUGUUUGUCAACGGCAAGGAGACGCGAGGCUCCAUGAACGCCAGGGUCAUCUUCAGCUACGAGCACCUGAGCGCGCCGUUGGAGCUCACCAUUUGGGUGCCCAAGCUGCCUCUGCGGGUGGAACUGUCCGACAGCAACCUGAGCUUCAUCAAGGGAUGGCGGGUCCCCAUUCUGCCCGACCGCAGGAGCACCAGGGACAGCGACGUGGACGAGGACGAGGACGAUCGUCGGGUGAGCCGAGGCUGCACGCUGCAGUACCAGCGGGCGCUGGUCAAGGUCCUGACGCAGUUCCACACCACGUCCAGCGAGGGCACCGACCAGGUCAUCACCAUGCUGGGGCCCGACUGGCAACUGGACGUCACCGACCUGGUCCAGGACUCGCUUAAGGUGGCCGACCCCCGCGUGGCCGAGCUGGUGGACAGGACCAUCCUCGUGGGCCUGGAGCUGGGAUCCACCGUCUUGAAGGUGGACUCCCCUCUGGCGGUGGACGCGGCGCUGGGCCAGGCCAGCUUCUCCGUCACGGACGACAAAGUCUCCAUCAGCCAGCUGCGCGUCCACGCCGUUUCAGGCCUGAGCCUGGCGCUGCGGCCCAGCCCCGGCAACAGCCACACCCUGGUCGCUAAGGCCACCGGCCUCCAGACGCUCGGCGCCCCCAAGCAGGAGGCCAGCUUGUCCGUGUGGAUGCUCUUCAGCGACAACACGGCCGCCUCGCUGACCUACUUUGAUCCCAAGGACUACAACUUCAACGCCUCCACGCUGGACGACAAGGUGGUGUCGGUGUCGCAGGAGCCGCAGCAACGUUGGCCCGUGGUGGUGGCGGAGGGCGAGGGCGCCGGCGAGCUGGUGCGCGUGGAGAUGACCAUCGGCGAGGCCUGCCAGAAAACCAAGCGCAAGAGCGUGGUCGCCUCGGCCGCCGUCUACGUCAGAGUCCGCUUCGGGCCCGAGGAGGACGACUCGGACGAGGAGGCCGAGGGCGAGGCCGAGUCGCCGCCCGGCACCGGCCGCCCGCCGGCCCGUCCCGACUCGGGCGGGAGGAUCUACGAGACGUCCGACGAGCAGCCGGCCAGCGUUCCCAUCGACUACACCAACUUGCCCACCACGGGCCUCCGGGAGCAGCCCACGGAAACGGACGAGGAGGAGGAGGAAGAGGAAGAGGAGGACGAGGACGACUUUGUGCACUCGCCCCGCAACAUGACGGACCUGGAGAUCGGCAUGUACGCCCUCCUAGGGGUCUUCUGCCUGGCCAUCCUGGUCUUUCUCAUCAACUGCAUCGUCUUUGUGCUCAAGUACCGGCACAAGCGCAUCCCGCCCGAGGGCCAGGUCAACAUGGACCACUCGCACCACUGGGUCUUCCUGGGCAACGGCCAGCCGCUGCGGGCCCAGUGCGACCUGUCCCCCCAACGGGCCGACAGCCCCCCCAACCCGCUGGAGGGCGUCCAGACCUGCUGCCACGGGGACCACCACAGCAGCGGCAGCUCGCAAACCAGCGUGCAGAGCCAGGUGCACGGCCGCGGCGACGGCAGCUCGGGCGGCUCGGCCAAGGAGAGCGGCGAGGAGGCCAGUUCGCCCACCUCCAAGCGCAAGCGGGUCAAGUUCACCACCUUCACCACGCUGCCCAGCGAGGACCUGCCCUAUAAUUCCGUCCCCGUCGCCGACGAGGAGGACAUCCAGUGGGUGUGUCAGGACAUGGGCUUCCAAGACCCCGAGGAACUGCACGACUACAUGCGCAGAAUAAAAGAAAUCGCCUGAGGGAAUCAGUCGAG